GGCUGCCGGCGCCCUCCCUACAUGGCCGCGGGCAGCCGAAGGACGCCAGCCCCGCGCCCGCCGGGCACCGCAGCCGCCCCGCUCCACUAACAGGGUCCGCGGCUGGAGGGAGCGCACGACGCCCCCGGUAGAGGCUCUUCCGCGGGAUGGCGGCGGCGGCGGAGGGCCGUCCCGUGGGGCUGGGCGCUGCGCCCUAGCAGCUGCCGGCCUCCAGCCGCUGCGGCGGGGCGCGGACCCGGGCGCGGACCCGGGCGCGGCCCAGCCCCGGCUGCGCCUUAGCCCCUCUCCGCCGCCGCUCGGGGCUCUGCCCGCCUCCCCGGCCCGUCCCCGGCCAUCGCAGCAGGCAUGGGCUGUUUCUGCGCGGUCCCAGAGGAAUUUUACUGCGAAGUUCUGCUCCUGGACGAGUCCAAGCUGACCCUGACCACCCAGCAGCAAGGCAUCAAGAAGUCAACGAAAGGGUCGGUUGUCCUGGGCUACGUAUUUCGUCACUUAAACCUAGCGGAGAUAGAUUACUUUGGACUGCGCUACUGUGACCGAAGUCAUCAAACGUACUGGCUGGAUCCUGCAAAGACCCUUGCUGAACAUAAAGAAUUGAUAAACACUGGACCACCAUACACUCUCUAUUUUGGCAUUAAAUUCUAUGCAGAGGAUCCAUGUAAACUUAAAGAAGAAAUAACAAGGUAUCAGUUUUUCUUGCAGGUCAAGCAAGAUGUUUUACAGGGCCGUUUGCCUUGUCCAAUGAACACUGCAGCACAGCUUGGAGCAUAUAUAAUUCAGUCUGAGCUGGGGGACUAUGACCCGUAUAAGCACACUGCAGGCUAUGUCUCGGAGUACCGCUUUGUUCCAGACCAGAAGGAAGAGCUGGAGGAUGCCAUAGAGCGGAUACACAAAACUCUGAUGGGUCAACUUCCUGCUGAGGCAGAAGUGAACUACUUAGGGGUAGCCAAAUCCCUGGAAAUGUAUGGAGUGGACCUCCAUCCUGUUUAUGGUGAAAACAAAUCUGAAUAUUUUUUAGGAUUAACACCUAUAGGAGUUGUUGUCUACAAGAAUAAAAAACAAGUAGGAAAAUAUUUCUGGCCUAGGAUUACAAAAGUUCACUUCAAGGAAACACAGUUUGAACUUAGAGUCCUGGGAAAAGACUGCAAUGAAACUUCCUUCUUUUUUGAAGCACGUAACAAGAUCACAUGCAAAUAUCUCUGGAAAUGCUGUGUAGAACAUCACACGUUUUUCAGAGUGCCAGAGAAUGAAUCAAACUCCCUGUCCAGAAAAUUCAGCAAGUUUGGAUCCAUAGGUUAUAAACAUCGGUACAGUGGCAGAACAUCUUUGCAAAUGACCAGAGACCCUUCUGUGCAGCUCCCACGGCCUGACCAGCGUAUUGAAAGAAGUCGCAGCAAGACUUACCCUAAAAGAACACAACAGACCGGUUCUAAGAACAUGAGCCAGAUUACAACAAAUGGGGAAAAUGAAGGAACUACCAAAAUUAUUGCACCUUCCCCUGUGAAAAGCUUUAAAAAGAUGAAAAGUGAAAACAGUCCAGAAACCCAAAGAAGUAAAACAAGCGCACCGUGGGAGGAAAAUGGCCCACAGAGUGGGCUGUAUAAUUCUCCCAGCGACCGCAAUAAAUCACCAAAGUUUCCUUACUCUCGGCGACGGAACCCAUCAGGUGGCAGUGAGAAUGAGUCUGGACAGCCAGUCCGGAGGAGGAAAAAUCAAAACAGUGGAGAAGAUUCAGAUUUAAAGCAAAGGAGAAGAUCGCGGUCUCGCUGUAACACCAGCAGUGGCAGUGAAUCAGAAAAUUCCAACAGAGAGCAUCGGAAGAAGAGAAACAGAUUACGGCAAGAGAAUGACAUGGUUGACUCGGCUCCUCAGUGGGAAGCUGUGCUUCGGCGACAAAAGGAGAAAAACCAGGCGGAUCCAAACUACCGGCGAUCCAGGCACAGAUCUCGAUCGAGAAGCCCAGAUGUACAAGCUAAAGAAGAACUGUGGAAACAUAUUCAGAAGGAGCUUGUGGAUCCAUCUGGCCUGUCUGAGGAGCAAUUGAAAGAAAUUCCAUACACUAAAAUAGAGACUCAAGGCGACCCAAUCCGCAUUAGGCAUUCACAUUCCCCUCGAAGCUACCGUCAGUAUAGGCGGUCCCAGUGCUCUGAUGGUGAAAGAUCUGUCCUGUCUGAAGUGAAUGCAAAAACUGAUCUGGUGCCUCCACUGCCUGUUACACGAUCUUCAGAUGUGAAAGGUCCCACCAUCCAGUUGACUCAACAGAGACAGAAUGGAUCUAAAGACAGUCUAAUAGAAGAAACAUCGCAGCUAUCCACUAAUGUCGAUGGAAAACCCACCACUAAGAUCAUAAAAACUGUACAGGCGUCACGCUUCAAGGUGGAGACUUGACUGCUGUAACUGAAGAUGGUGAAUGGAUUUUAUUCUUUGGAAACUGAGAAUUUGAGUGUAGGUAAAAGGGAAGGAACUGAAGUCGACGUGGUAGCAAUUUCUUCAGGACACUCAGAAGCGCAGCCUGCUUGCUGGGAAGGCCAAGCAAUGCUUUUAUCACCUACACCAUCCUAGUGGUGUGACUGAUUGAGAAGCUGCCUGAUUAGACAACCAAAAAGAAGUCUUAGUAAAACUGAAUGAUCAGCAGUUACAUUUCCAAAAAAUGAACACAAAAAAAUUGCUGCAACAAAACAGGCUUUAUGGUCUGCUCUGUAACUGAAUAGCCUUUUUCCAAAAAAUGACUGUUAACUGACAUGAUCAGGACCAGAUGCUUCAAGAGAAGCAAAAUAGUCAUAUUUUUGGCCAAUUGUGCAAUACAGUGUGAUAUGGGGAAAAUUAUCUUCACAAUUUUAUAUGGGGAUCAACUUAUGUCCUGAGACAUAAGGACUGAUAGCUCUUACAAGGUUUAUUUUAGCCUAGCAGAAGAACAGAUGUUUGUGUUGUUAAUACAAAUGUUGACUCAACCCGUUUUAGCUCAAAAA